UUAAAAAAUGCUGGUUUUUUGGACGUAUCAGCUAAACAAAAUAUUCAAGACGUCAUGCUGCCUACGUUUCACAUAAAAGAAACAGGUGGAUAUAUAUAUGAGUUUUAUCAAUAUCUCGUAAAUCUCCGUAAACAACCAACGGACCGUUAUCAAAUAGUAAACCCCAAUGACAGUCAAAUUGGAAUUCAAGUUGGAUAUCUAAGAAAUUGGUGCGGUGUUCAAGGUAAACGCAUUUUUUAUUCAAGUGCAUCUUAUAAAAUUCUGUACCAAUUUAAGUUUAUAAAACUAUCUAUUUUUAUUAAAAAGUUUUUUUUUUCAUUGAGUUAUAAGAAAAAUAUAGCAGAUCAUGAAAAUUACUAUAUUUUGUAAUAGUCGUAUGUAUAUAAUAUAUCUACGUACAACAUAAUAUAUAAGUCUUGCACUAAUUGUUUACUAUAAUUACAGCCAUAAGCUAAAAUCCUAAUAAUGUUGCGUCCCCCUAACUUUUUCAGUUAUAUAUCUUCAGUUUUCGCCAUUCACUAAUAAACUUUAAACAAAAUAUUGCAUUGUAAAUUAC